AUGGAGCAGAACACACUCAAACGCACCCGUCGCCUGGGCCUGACGGGUGUGGACAAGAACCAAUCAUUCGGUGGUUACACCCUGAUAUGUCCUCUCACCUCUUCCACCGCCCAUCUGAUUGAUAUCGAUGGCACUGAAGUACACACGUGGCACUUACCAGGACGAAUCGGCCGCCACGCCCGACUCCUCCCCAACGGUAAUCUCGCUGUGAACACUCUUCCACCCGGCCAUAGCGCACCUUUCAUGUUUUUCAACAAGUACGGUGGUGGCGUCAUGUCUGAGCUAGACCCUAACGGCAAGAUCGUACGUCAGUACACCGACCCCCUUGGCCACCACGAUCAAUACCACUACGGCGACGGCCGCAUGCUCUACACUAGCCUGGAAGCUCUUAGCCCCACCGAGUCUGCCAAAGUGCGUGGCGGUGUGCCCGGCACAGAAGCCGAAGGCGGCAUCUCCUACGCCGACACCAUCAACGAGGUUGAUGACACCGGCAAGCUUGUGUGGCAGUGGAAGGUGUCCGAGCGAUUACCACGGGACGAAUUUCCUCUGCAGCCACACUACACGCGCGAACACUAUCCGCUCAUCAACUCAGUGCUGCCACUGAAGGACGGCAACAUUCUCGCCUCGAUGCGCUCCGUGUCUGCGGUUGUCAUCAUCGAGAAGUCCACCGGCAACAUCAUCUGGCGCCUGGGCCCGGAGACGUUAGCGCAACAGCACAAUGCCACGGAGUUGGAGAAUGGCAAUAUUCUCAUAUUCGACAACGGCGCGUUCCGCACUGGGGAGUCUGUGCAAUUUACGCGUGCACUUGAGGUAAGCCGCGAGACAAAGAAGGUAGUCUGGGAGUACCGCGACCGCUCGCAAAUGGUGUACUUCUUCACUCCAUUCAUGGGAAGUGCACAGAGGUUGGCGAACGGCAACACGUUGCUAUGUGAGAGCGCUUUCGGCCGCGUAUUCGAAGUCACAAGGGAAGGGGAGGUGGUGUGGGAGUUUGUGAGUCCGUGGUUUGCGGAAUACGGCGAUGAAGGUACUCGUAAAUGCUUUCCAGGCGAGAGUAAUGCUUUGUUUCGUGCAUAUCGGUACGCAGAGGAAGAGGUGCCGUGGUUGAAGGAGCGCCUACUGCACAACGCCAACAAGGGAAAGAGAUGGUGGUUUUGGUGA